UGUAUACUAACAUACUUGUUUAGUUGUAAAUUGUUUAUAACGUUGACGUACGUAACUGUACAUGUGUUUUACAACAUGUUAUUAUUGAAAGUCAAAAACUCGUGUGGGUUUCGUAACGCCAUACUAAUAGUAAUCGUAUUUUUGAUAACUGUAUAUGAAAUUGAUGCGUAUACAGUUGAUGAUUCACCGGGUGUAGGAAGGAAAUUCGACGGAAUCGGAGCAAUAAGUGGUGGCGGGGCGACGUCUAAGCUUUUGAUCAACUAUCCUGAAGAGUAUCGAAACCAAAUCUUAGAUUUCCUGUUUAAGCCAAACUUUGGUGCCUCUUUAAAAAUCCUAAAAGUCGAAAUAGGAGGAGAUGGCCAGAGCUCUGAUGGGGUGGAGGCAUCACACAUGCAUACAGAACAUGAUGCUAACUACAACCGCGGUUACGAGUGGUGGCUCAUGAAGGAAGCCAAGAAGAGGAAUGCGGACAUACGACUCUAUGGGCUGCCGUGGUCGUUUCCCGGCUGGCUGGCAGACAACGGGACCAACUCUCCCUUUCUUCACCCGAUCCGUACCAUAACCUACAUCGUCAACUGGAUUAAAGGAGCGAAGAAGUAUCAUGAUCUGGAUAUCGAUUAUAUUGGUAUCUGGAACGAACGAGAGCCGGACGUGGAAUACGUGAAGCUGCUGCGGAAGCUGCUAGACUACCGUCAGCUGCACGACGUACAGAUAGUCGCAGGUGACUUGCACUGGGAGUUGGCACCUACGAUGCUUAACGACUCCACUCUCUCUAAAGCCGUGCAGAUACUGGGAGCCCACUACCCUGGUACCCUGACGACCAAGCAGGCGCUAGAGACAAACAAGCCACUGUGGUCAUCUGAAGAUUACAGCACUGUGAACGACAACACCGGUGCAGGUUGCUUGGCCAGGGUCGUGAAUCAGAACUACGUAAACGGCAACAUGACGGCCACGAUAGCGUGGAAUCUCGUGACGAGUUACUACGACACUUUAAUUUGGUCUAACAUGGGUCUCAUGACUGCUAACCAACCUUGGUCCGGCUACUACACGGUGUCUAGUCCAGUCUGGAUGACAGCCACAGCACGCAGUUUGGGGAAUUCGCUGGCGUUUUUGCAGCAAUGGUGGAUUCGGUUGGAUUGGAGAGGCUGGCAGGUUGUCGGGUACAGUAAGCUGGAUUCAGUGGUCAAUGGCAGCGUGACGGUAUUCCUGGACGCUGACGUCAUCAUGACCUUGACGACGGUAACCACGGGCCAUCACGGAAGCUUCCAGGAACCACCGGCUUCGGCAUCAUUCCCUCUCCCCUACACGGAUGACUUUGAAUCCUAUGAUGUCAGCGCCGAGCCGUACAACCUAGCUCAGCAGGCGGGCGUCUGGGAGGUCGUCCUUAGCAACCACCUGCUGCAUCAGCACGUCAUACGACAGACGAUCACAGCGCCCCCUCUCCACUGGUGCGACCCGGCAGUGGCGCCGCCUAUCAGCAUCGUCGGCGACCCCUCGUGGACCGACGUGUCUGCGAGCGUCGACGUUUACAUCCCACUAGAUGGAGGCACCGUAGCUGUCUUUCUCGCAGUGCGUGUCAGCGGCCGCAUGGGAUGUGACAGUGGGAGAGCGCUAGGUGCCUUCUUCUGGGUGUACCCGAAAGACAAAACCUUUCUUCUCACAGCUGACGUUGCUUUGGUAACUGUAAUCGCAGGAGGAACUCUGGAGAUGUCAUACGAUGAAUGGCACACCAUAAAAGUGCGCGUUCAGGGCAAAGAAUUUUUGGCCACCGUAGACGGAAAGACAGCAUCCCGCACGAAUCUUCCUCCUAAUAUCCAGCAGGGAUUCGUUGCCAUAGGAACCGGAAACUUUGGCAUCGCAGAAUACGACAAUCUUCAGCUGACGUCGCCGUAGAAUGAAUGCCAAACGCAGUGCCUCUGCUAGAUGCAUGGAGAAUGUAACCGUGGAUCAUGGGGUUACAUAGCGUAAACUAAACGUUGUGAAGUAACCCCCUGUAUUGUUGCAAAAAUCUUGAUAAUUAUCUUCUGUGAUAUGUUACAUUAUGUUAUUGUUAUUAGCUACCGAACGUAUUUUCGUAGCAUUUGAUUUGCUGUAUUGUUGUACAAGCUUGACUACUUGUAUUAUUACUGAUGGAUGAAAAUGUGAAUGAAGUUACAAAUUACUAAUAUAAGAAGAUGGUAAUAUUCUUGUAA